AUGGCAGAUGCGAUGGAUUUGGACUCAGAUUCCCCUCGCGGCGUCAAAAGGACUGCAGAAGAAGCAGGCCUGCCUCCAGAGGCUCCGCGUCGUAUCAAGGCACGUCAAUGCCCUUCGGCAGGUCAAGCUCUUGAUCAGGAAGUGGUCAACAAGAUCGCCGCGGGAGAAAUCAUCGUGGCUCCUAUGCAUGCCCUCAAAGAGCUUCUAGAGAAUUCGGUAGAUGCUGGCUCAACGGCUAUCGAAGUUCUCGUCAAAGACGGUGGCCUAAAACUGCUACAAAUUACGGAUAACGGGCAUGGCAUCGAGAAGGACGACUUGCCCAUCUUAUGCCAACGCUUCACCACAUCUAAGCUUAAAAACUUUGAAGACCUCAUGUCCAUCGCCACUUAUGGGUUUCGGGGAGAAGCUCUUGCUAGCAUUAGCCAUAUCGCCCACCUCAAAGUCACGACUCGGACUGCCAACUCUAGUUGUGCCUGGCAAGCUCAUUAUGGGGGUGGCAAUCUCAUUCCGGCGAAGCCAGGCCAAAGUUCAGAUCCCAAGCCAUGUGCGGGCCGUCCUGGUACUCAGAUCACUGUCGAGGAUCUGUUUUACAACAUACCCAAUCGACGACGAGCAUUUCGAUCUCCCUCAGAGGAAUACACCAAAGUUCUCGACGUCAUCACACGAUACGCCAUUCAUCGAGAAGGCAUCGCGUUUUCCGUCAAGAAACAUGGUGAAACGGGUGCCGGAUUUUCCGUCGUGGCAGCUGCGACCAAGAUUGACAGAAUCAGACAAGCAUAUGGAGCAGGAGUAGCGAAAGAAAUCAUGGAAUUUGAAGUUGAAGAUUCUCGUUGGGGGUUCAAAGCUUCAGGGUACGCGACUAAUGCAAAUUAUAGUGUCAAAAGAACCGCUUUGCUUUUAUUCAUCAAUCAUCGGUCGGUGGAAUCGUCAGCUGUCAAGAAGGCCAUUGAACAGACUUACCAACUAUUUCUACCAAAGGGUGGACAUCCAUUUGUCUAUCUCAGCCUCGAAAUCGAUCCUGCCAGAGUCGAUGUCAACGUUCAUCCCACAAAGAGGGAAGUUCACUUCUUGAACGAAGACGAAAUCAUUGAACUGGUGUGUUCGAAUAUUCGCGAGAGUUUAGCCAAAGUCGACACCAGCAGAACAUUCAAAACGCAGACUUUACUUCCCGGAGUUACUCCUAUGACACCGGUCAAUCCCCAGGUCCGAGCCGGUGACAAUACGUCUCCGACCGAUGACAGUGCCCAAAGAAAACCAUCCACCACCAAGAAGCCAUACGAAAACAACCUCGUACGAACAGACUCGAAGAUGCGCAAGAUCACCUCGAUGCUACCCCCAGCUCUGACGACGGGAACUUCUCAAGAUGCCUCCUCAGCAGCAAACGGAAUAAAAUACACCACCACCGAUCGAGAACAAACACAAAUCCGCCUGACAUCCGUGAAGAAUCUACGGGCCGAGGUUCGCGAAGCUAUGCACAAUGGCCUAACUGAAGUCUUCGCCUCAUUGACCUACGUCGGGAUCGUGGAUCGUAACCGGAGACUGGCCGCCAUUCAGUCUGGAGUCAAACUAUACCUGGUGGACUACGGCAUGACUUCGAACGAAUACUUCUACCAGGUUGGCUUGACGGAUUUCGGGAAUUUUGGCCUCAUUCAACUGCAGCCGGCACCCCACCUCCGCGAACUGCUAAGCAUCGCUGCACAACAUCAGAUUGAAACGGAUCCAAAGUGCGCCGACCUGGACAAAGAGCAAGUCGUCCAAAAAAUCUACGAUCAACUGAUGAACCGAAGACAGAUGCUUUCCGAAUACUUCUCACUCGAGAUAUCCGACGAAGGCCUUCUCGAAGCUAUCCCACUCCUGCUCAAGGGCUAUCUUCCGAGCAUGGCCAAAUUGCCGACGUUUCUCCUACGACUGGGUCCAUUUGUGAAUUGGACUCAAGAAGAAGAAUGUUUCCGGACAUUCUUACGAGAACUUGCUUCAUUUUAUGUUCCCGAGCAACUCCCUCGGCGCGGAGGGAAAAGUACAAUCAAGCAGGAGGACGCAGAACCCGAAUCGGAUGACGAAAGACGCAGCGUGGAACUAGAACAAGAAUCCGAAAGCCUUGAUGAGAUGGUUGAGAAAAGGCGGAAGGAAAUAGAACAUACACUAGAACACGUCCUUUUCCCGGCGUUUCGGUCACGCAUCGUGGCCACCAGAGGUAUGUUGAAGGGAGUGAUCGAAGUGGCGAAUCUGAAAGGUCUGUAUCGUGUUUUUGAGCGCUGCUGA